AUGCCUUCCGUAGUAGCAGACCGUCCUCGUGACUGUACUUCUUGCAGAAUAGUUAGUGCUGUUGGUCUAAUCGGCAUUGGUGGCUAUUUAGCUAAUGUUGCUUGGCAAAACAAAACAACAGCUGGAAAAGUUGCUAUAUCUACUAUGUCGCUUGCAUUUGUGUCUCUGGGUAUUGCAAGAUAUAAGCAAGAGUAUCCUUUUAACAAAAAAGACGAUGAUAGAAUUGUUUAA